AUGCUCAGGAAGUUAUUGUUUUUGAUGAAGGAAUUAGAUGAAGAAUUGAUUAGAAACAUAUUAUCCGGGAACCCUGUAUUAGAAACUUUGGUUAUGUCUCGUUUGGAUGCAAAAGGUUUCGAUUCUCUAUCAAAUAUGAAGUUUGUUGAAGGAACCAUGUCUUUGUUUAGUAGUGAUCUGGUUGAAAGGAAAGAAUGCUAUUAUGAUUUGGUGGCUCUUGAUUCAUGGUAUGAAGCACUGCAUGUUGGUGUUGCCUCUUCAAAGGGACUGCUUUUUCGGGGUUUGUUGCAAGAUUUCUUGGAGGAAAGGAAAUCAGCGAGCUUUGGCGCCAUGGAAAUUGCGGAAGAAGAUCAAAAUCAACCUGUAAUUUCCUCAAAACGGAUAAAGUUUGAAGAAAUCGUGGAGGAGGGGGGAGAAGAUCGAAUUAGUGCGUUGCCAGAUUGCUUGCUUGUUGAAAUCCUGUCUCGUUUACCCUCGACAAAAGAUUCCAUUAAAACAGGCACGCUCUCAAGGCGAUGGAAGCAUCUUUGGACUUGGGUACAUACUCUCAUCUUUACAGAAUCAGAUCAUAAUUUUCCGUGGUCCACUUUCGUUUCCUUCGUCGACAAAACCCUAACUCAAUGUCGCCACUUGAAGCUCAAAAAAUUUGUAUUGUCUACCAGUGAAUUUAAAUUCCAAAUCAACAACUGGAUUUGUUAUGCUAUAAGAUAUAACGUUGAAGAGCUUAAUUUAAAGUCAUGGGGUACAGUUUUUUUAGAUCAAUCUUUCUUCAUCAGUCCACCUUUUACGAAACUGAGAUUAGAAGGCUGCGCAUUGUAUCCAUGUGGGGCUAAUACUAAGCUGACAUCAGAAGGCUGCGUAUUAAAUCCAUUAGUGGCGAUUAGUUGGAAAAAUCUUCAGAGUUUGUAUAUAACCUGGGGGUAUUUAUAUGAAGAUUUGAUUGAAAAUAUAUUAUCAGGGAGUCCUGUAUUGGAAACUUUGGUAUUAGAUCGUUGCUAUGGUUUGGGUCAGUUUCGGAUUGAUAUUACUUCAAAAAGCUUAAAGAAGUUGGUGUUAUCUGGAUACCGUGAACCUAUCUGCGAUUAUGAAGGUGUUGAUGAUGUUGUUGAAAUCAAUGCUCCUGAUGUUUUAUCACUAGCAAUCAAAGGUGAUCUGGUGUUGCUGAAUCUUUUUUUGGUAAAUGUGUCUUCUUUAGUUGAAGCCGAGUUAGAUUAUACAAACUUGUGGCAUUGGAAAAGAACACGUAGUGAAGAGAUGCUUAAAAGAUUUAUACUAAAUCUCUCCCAUGUCAAGGAGCUUAAAAUUGGAAGUUUCUGUUCUAAGGUUUUGUCUCAUUUGGAAGCUAAAGGUUUCGUUGUUCCAUCAAAUAUCAAGUUUUCUGGUGGUUUUCCUAAUGAGAGUGAGAGUGAGAGUGAGAGUGAUUCAGAGUGAUUUAGUUUAAAGUGGAGAUCAGUGAUGCUUUGAAUUCAUGUUUAGGCCUUUUUGAUAUACUGAAAUACUUUCAUCUUUCUUUUUCUCUUUGUUUUUGUAAGGUUUACUUGGUUCCACUGAGUCCUCUACUCCUUUGGGUUUUGGAUGAUUUCUUAUUUUAAAGUAUUGAUGAAUUGUGAUCUUUCUUG